AUGUCUUCUGUUGAAGUUCGUGAUGUGCAGCUCCCAGCCGGAGAGAAACCCAUGAAGAUGGGUAAAGCCGUCGUGGGUCUGAGGAGAGCUGCUCUCGGAGAGAUCACUAACUUUAAAGCAGCAGCAGUCAACACCAAGAAGACGGGCCCUGCCAAAGCUUCAUUCAAACCCUCAGUGAAAGCCUCCAUUGCCCCUAGAGCUAUAGCUGUGGUGCUACCCAUGGCCCCGGCCCCUGCAGACCCCCUCCCCACAGUCUCAGAGGAGUCUGCUGAUGUGUCCAUGAAGGAGGUGGAGGAGGAGGAGCUGUGCCAGGCGUUCUCUGAUGCGCUGCGCAUGGUGCAGGAUGUGGACGAGGAGGACGGGGACCUGCCGCAGCUCUGCUCAGAAUAUGUCAAAGAUAUCUACAGCUACCUGCACGUCCUGGAGGUGGAGCAGGCUGUACGACCCGACUACAUGCAGCAUUAUGAGAUCACUGAGCGCAUGCGGGCUCUCCUGGUGGACUGGCUGGUCCAGGUGCACUCCAGGUUCCAGCUGCUGCAGGAGACUCUGUACCUCACAGUUGCCGUCAUGGAUCGAUUCCUCCAGGUCCAGCCGGUCUCUCGCAGGAAGCUGCAGCUUGUCGGUGUGACGGCCAUGCUGGUGGCCUGUAAAUACGAGGAGAUGUACGCUCCAGAGGUGGGAGACUUCGCCUACAUCACAGACAACGCCUUCACAAAGGCUCAGAUUCUGGUGAUGGAGCAGCUGAUUCUGAGGGCCCUCAACUUUGAGCUGGGACGCCCUCUUCCUCUGCACUUCCUGAGACGGGCUUCCAAAGUGUCAAAUUCUGAUGUAGAGAGACACACGCUGGCCAAGUACCUGAUGGAGUUGACGCUCCUUGACUACAACAUGGUGCACUAUCGGCCCUCUGAGAUCGCUGCUGCUUCUCUGGCGCUCUCCCAGCUGCUGCUGGUAGCCCUGCCCUGGUCUCCUCAGCAGCAGCACUACUCCACUUAUGACGCCGCCCACCUGAAGCCCAUCAUGCAGCACAUCGCCAAAAACAUAGUGAUGGUCAACGAGGGGAAGACAAAGUUCCAGGCUGUGAAGAACAAGUACUCGAGCAGCAAGCUGAUGAAGAUCAGCCUCAUCCCUCAGCUGAACUCGUCCAUCGUCAAGACCAUGGCGGCCGCUCUGCUCAGCAAUCCUUGAUGUAAAAAGAACUUUUACAUCAUCAGUGGACGUUUCACUUGCACUUUAUUUAAGAUUGAUCGCAAUCUGUGGAAACUACACUUCAAAUGUUUUUAUUUGAGCAAAGUUCAGAAUUUUAGCCACUGUUUUUACUUUUUAUACGGAUGAUGUUUUGACGAAACUCUUUACGGUACAUCGGAUGUUCCUCCAAUGCACCUUGAACUGCAGUUCCAAGCUAGCGUUUAGAUGAUGCAUCGCUUCCAAUCAGAAGUUGUGUGCACCAAGACUGUUCUUUCUAGUUUGUGUUGACCAUCUGAUUUCUUAAGUCUACCAUGAGUAUUGUGUUUUUGCUUUCUUAAAAUACACUUUAAGAUAAUUACUGUUGUAUCAUGCUUUUUUUUUUGUAUCUGUUAUGUUGGAUACAACAGUAUUUACUUUUUCUUUUCUUUUUUUAAACUAAAUAGGUUUUAAAUGGCUGAGGUUGUAUUUUCAUUGUUGUACGUGAUUCAUAAUGACAGCUGGCUGACAUAUGGAUUUGUUAAUCCAUCAGGUUUUCGUUUAGUAACUAAUAUUUCUGUAUGAACGUGUUUGAGUGAAUCCCCACUAACAUUUUUAUUUAUUUGCAACCAUUUCAAAAUUAUUAAACCUUUAAAUGAAAAA